UGGCGCCGCGCGCCCCCCCAACGUUGUGAUGCAAUUUGUUGUUUUCAGGCCUAAAAGUGAAAGUUUUGACUGACCAGCAGCAAGGAAAACCUAUGUAAAAGAACCCUUUUCAUCUCCACAGCACACCCAGUAAACCAAGGCAAUCAGUUCGUGCAAAAGUGACUGCCAAACCAUAGUUUUUUCGAGGAAAACAAGGGGGCAAAACAACAAACUCCAAAGGGCAGGCCCGAGCCGAUGAGCAAAGCAACAGCCUAGUGGCCAAUGUGCGGGCCAAGUAUUGGCGCUGGUAUCGGCGGGGCUUAACCUCAAAGCACGCACACAAUCAGCGAGAGAAAGAGAGAGCAGAUCAGGCAGGGAGCCAUCCGUACAAAAAGUAUUCCCAAUCGUCCCAUCCAAAUCGAAAGUGUUCAAAAUUCAAAUAGCAUGCAUCGCAACGUGCCGGCAACAUGGAGCGGUAGCCUGCUGCCGUUUCGUGUCUCCACCACCACAAAGGUCGUCAUCUUCUCACUGACCGCUGGUGUGGCUCUGAUGGGCGUCCUAUCGCGUUUCCUGCGUCGCCGCAAGCCGCCACGUCCACCGCGUCGUCCCAGGAAGUACACAAAUCGUCGGACACGGAACAGUAUGCGCAGUCCCAACGAUCUGCUAUCGAUUGCCGGCUCCAAGGCAUCGGCACGCUCUGGCAGCCCGGUGGGCUCCACAAUCGCCUACUCCGAUCGGCUGUCAAUGGCAUCCGGCUCCAUUGGCAUUAUGGGGCCCAGUGGUGGUGGACCGAAUGCUGUGCCCACAGCAGUCACCCAGCUGACCGUCCAGCAGCUGGGCGUAAUGGGAAUGGAGGCCCUGGACACGGUGAUCAACUUCUGGGAGGAUGCUCUAGCCGCACACUAUUGGCCGGGCGGAUUUCCAGCCUCGCUGACCACCGCCGAGGACUCGGAGUUCUGUCGCGAGAUCCAGAACCUUCUGGAGAUGGCCUACACGCUGCAAGAGCAGAGCGAGCUGCUCUUCCUUGACCAGCGAUCGGUGCUUUUUCGCGAGGAACAUUCCAUAGACGAGGCCGAGGAGGAUCGCCUCACCGCUGGCGGUGGCAUCGGCGGCGAUGACGAUGACCGCAUCUCUCGAAAAUCGGGCAGCGUGCUCAGUCGCGCCGGCUCCGAUCCUAAUUUCGAUUCGGCGGAGAGCUUCGCCUCGGCCCUCGACCAGGUGGCCGAUCUGCGCGAAUUUGAGGGCUUCAUCGAGACCUCGUACGAGGAGUAUCCGCUGUUCCAGAGCGCCCUGAAGCACCACGAUGAGUACACAGUGCCCUGCCGAACCAUUCGAGCGGAGCUGGUGCACUGCAGCACCGACACCGAGUACCUGGCCAAGCUUCACUGCGUCCGUCUGGCAUUUCAGUUUCUCUUCAAGGACCCCGCUGUUGGUCAGUGGAUCUGCGAUGCAGGCAGGCAGAUACUCACCGAUCUGCUCUGUCUGGGCGACAAGGACACGAAGGAGUUUCUCGUUGGCUACGAGGACAUGGUGAACUUCCUGAAGGACCCCAAUGCAUGGCCCUGCAUCCAAAUGGAACUGGAGCAGCGCAACGUCAAGGCAAUGACCUUUUACGACAUCUGCCUGGACUUCAUCAUCCUGGACUCGUUCAAGGAUCUGGACACACCGCCAGCCAGUGUCACGGCUGUGGUUCAAAAUCGUUGGUUAUCCAACGGAUUCAAAGAGACGGCUCUCACGACGGCCGUGUGGUCGGUGUUGAAGGCCAAGAAGCGCAUGCUUAAGUUCCCCCAUGGCUUCAUGUCGCAUUUCUAUGUGAUAUCCGAGCAGAUAUCACCGCUGAUGGCCUGGGGCUUCUUUGGGCCCAACGAGAAUCUGCGGGACAUUUGUCACUAUUUUCGCGAGCAGCUACUGUCCUUCCUGGGCGACAUCUUCAGCUUCCAGAAGAGCCGCUUCACCACCAUCGAGGACUUCUCGCAGGAUGUCCUACAGCACAUGCAGACGCGCGUCAACAAUAUUGGCGUCAAGUUUAGCCAGUAG